UCAGACAUUUUUUAAUGUCUGAAAAAUGUCUACAAACGGUGUGUGAAAUUCAGACAUUCGUUUUUGCUGUGAUUUCCACUGCACUCACUUCGCUUCCCCCAAUAUGAUCGUACGGAAACCCCUGUAAUUGGAAGGGUUGUAAACUUUAUAGCCCUUCCUGAUUGGUUUUAUUGCAGCAGCUCCGAGCUACCUGGACUUUACCCAUCCCUGAUUUAAAGAAGUUAACUGGAGUAUCUUUUUUGUAACCGAUCAAUAUCUCUGCAACAAAGGUUUCUUGACCUUUUCCUCUAAACCCAAUACUUUUAAAGAUAUCUUCAGAAUAGUCUAUAUCAACUUUUCAAACUCAUAUUCUCUCAUCAUUUUUCUACAGAUAUUAUUGUUGUUAUUGUUGUUAAUGCUGAUGUAUAAGUUGUUACUUGCUGUUAAAUAGAAGCUAAAAAUUUUUAGAUAAUAAAAAAAAAACACGAAGACACCUGGUAGAGUAAGAAGAUAAACUCCAUAAGACCUUUACUUCCCAAAAUUAAAAACAAAAACGUUGUGUAAAUACUUUCAGUAAAAAUCACAUGUUGUAGACAUGAAAUCAAUUGUACUUGGCCUAACGUUUCAGUGUGGAAAUACGUAUAGUCAACGUUCGGCCAAAUGAAAACGCUUACGUGUCUGUUUUACUCUGAUAGGUUUCUUCCAACACUGUAAAUUGAAAUUGUCCUUCGAGAAUAAUAAAAAAAAGCAAAAAACGUUUGAUCAUGGAAUUAUGAUAAUUUCAUUGAGACAAGACACGCCGAACAAUUGUGUAUGUAAACGUUUUAUAUGAACCAAUGGGAGGGAGCAUAGAUAGAAGAUAAAGAGAAUCUCUAAUUGGUGUAAUUGAAGUUAAGUCUUUAAUGCACCUACUCCAGUGCCUCUCCCUCUAAUGCACUUUAACGCCAUACGGGAACGCCACGUAGACAGGAAAAUAUGGAGAAUGGAACGAACAAGACCGGCUAAGCUGACCAAGGAACAACAGAGCAUAACAGGCCACCGAGCAGAGCAGUAGUCCUAUAGAUUGCAAUUUCUACCAUUAUUAUUUGAUAGUGAUUCAAGUAUGACGAGUACAGACAAGAGUUUGUUAGCUUCUGUGAGCUCUAAAUUCACUGAAGAAACACUUCAAAGUGUUUUGGUAAGAUUGACCGGUGAUCAGGGGGCCGUUGUUUCGGCCUGGAACGUUGAACCCGCUGCUGGAAAAGGCGAUAAUUACCUUUCGGUUGUUAGUCGUGUGACAAUAGAUGGGAUCGUCCAUGGAAAACCAGCGCAGAACAAGGUUAUCGUCAAAGCCAUUCCCAUCAACAAAACGCGAAAUCAAAUCUUCAGGAGUAAGGACUAUUUCAAGAAUGAAACAGCAUUUUAUACUAAGGUGAUUGCUUUAUUUGAAGAAUUCUUGGCGAAGAAAGGCAAGCUUGCACUUCUGAACGUUCCUAGAUGCCUGGGUUAUUUUGAGGACGGCGAGAACGAUUUUAUCGUAUUAGAAGAUGCCAAGGCUAAAGGAUUUGCCGGGAUUGACAGGCUGAAGGCCUGGAAGUAUGAAGAUUGCAAGGUCAUUUUCAAAGCUCUGGCUCAAUAUCAUGGAAUUUCUCUGGCUGUUCUGCAACAGCAUCCACAGGAAUUGCUCAACGCCACCAAGCACCUUUCAGAACCAUUAUUCAGUGACAAAUAUUGGGAUUGGUAUGGGAGAUACUAUACAUUGAGUAUUAAUGCCGCUCAAGAUGCCAUAUCCAAAGAAUAUCCAGAAACUCCGCAGGAGGAAAAAUUCCGUACCAUGACGUCUCGUAAGCUGUUUAGCAAAUGCGUUGAAUUAGUAGAACACAGCAAUAAAUCAGUUUUCGUGGUGAAUCAUGGAGAUUCCUGGGCUACAAAUUUCAUGACCCGGACGCUCCCCAAUGCAGAGCAGGAUGCCAUCAUCUUCGAUUUCCAAUUGGCUAGAUGUGCCAGUCCUGUCCACGAUCUUGCCUAUUUUGUUUACACCGUAACCGAUAAAGAGACAAGAGAUCAAUAUUUCCAAAGCCUCCUUAAGUAUUAUCACGACGAGAUGGGGAAAACUAUGGUUCAACUGGGGUCUAAUAUCGAUGAGAUCUAUCCUUUCGAUUUGUUCAUGAAAGAGGUAAAGGAACAAUUCGUUUUCGGCUUUGCUUUCGGUCUGGAGACCCUGCCGAUGUCAAUGCUCUCUGCGGAAGAAUCAUUCGAUCUGGACGAAGCCAAAGAAGGUGAAACAUUGAAUAUCGCCGAUGUCUGGGCGCUGAAACCCACCGAGAACAAAGUGAAUCGCCGCCGUCUUGCCGACGUUGUUAAACACGCAAUUGAUCAAGGAUUUUUAUGAAGGAUAGGAGUGCCUAUGUAAUGCCAUUAUUUUAUGUAAAGGAUAUGUCUUAGCCAAUUGUACUGUAGAUGGACUCUCAUUGUUAUGUUGUUAUGCACUAUGAUUUAACCUUUGAUAAGAUGUAGCUCGAAGAUUAAAAUAUAUUCGUAUUGUAAUCGUUAA